GCUUUAUUCAACAUUUCUAGCUGGUCAAAGUGGGACAGAUUAGAGAGGAAAGCGAUCACAAUGGACUCUCCUUUUGCUCUCACAUGGGCCAACCAUAAUGUUGCAGAUGCAGAGGACUACAAGCGCAUCCGUACCAGGGUUGUGAGACGUGUUCACAAGCUGAGAAAGUACCUGUCUAUUCAACAGCGUAAGACCAAACAGUACUCACAUCACAGCAUCAGUGCAGAGGAUGUUGGUAAGGAUUACAAGUAUUGGCUCAUUGCGUUGCUUUCAUUGGAGAGGGACUUCUGUUAUGCGAUGGAGCUGAAGAGCCUGUCGCAGUUGGAUGCCAAGUUGGACACCAGGGCUAAGCACAAGUUAUUCCUCACCAGGUUGAAGAGAUCAGUUCAAGAGUGUGACUCCUUGGUUCAAUUGGUCGGUGGUAUUGAUGCCAACAGUACCAACGAGCUAGAGCUGUUGGUGUACAGGGAAUUCAUCAAUGCCCAGCAGUCAAUGGCAUUGAAGCAAUGGGACAGUGCCAUUGCCCAGUUGUCAUUGGCACGAGUUGGGCUCCAGUUCCUCGAGGAACAUGGAAACGCCGAAAACUUCGGGAAGUAUAAAGGUGUGAUUGACUCAGAUAUUGAUUCUUUGUUGAUCGGUGCUAUUCACAAGUCCUCAAAGAACUAUUCCUCGGAUAUUGGCGAAGUUGCAAAGAGUGUUGUUUCGCUACGCUCUGAUUCAAGGGUGUACCAGUUGAUCUCUUCUGUUGACGAUUCAUUCUUGAAACCUUCUGGUGAAUCAAAAUCUGUCAAGGAAUUGCAAUGGAGAUCGUACACAGCCAAGAUCAAAGACGAUUCUCUCGGCAGAACCCUCUACAAGAUCCAGACAUGUCCAUUGGAAUCCAUGGAUGACUUUGACACUUUGAACAACUUGAUCUCGCAGGCAUCUGAAUCACAUAGUAUGUGGUUACAGAACGAGAUCAAGGAAGAGGAUGACGAGAUCUUGACCUCGUACCUUCAAUACACCCACGUGCUGACCUCGUUAAGACGUAAUGUUAAACUCUUGGGCACUGUUAAACCUACCGAGGCGUUGACGUUACUCGACAAGAUCAACCAGGAAGUUGAGUCAUUAGAAGAGAUUCCUGGUGUUUUCAACGAUGACGAGUUAUACGAGACUCUCCAAGGCAUGAAACACUACUACAACGCCUUGAAGUUGAAACACAUUGCAGACUUCUACUUUUCACAGAAGCAAUUCAAAGAGUCACUCUUGCUAUCUUCAAAAGUGUGCGAAUCCCUUGAAGACGUAAAGAUCUCGAUACCAUUCGAAUUCAUCAAUGAAGACACCGUGAAGGAGUUACAUACACAGGUCAAGACCUUGGUGACAAACUCACAGAUCUUAGCCCAGCUCUCCCAAUCUUCCACGAGUGACUCUCUUGCUGAUGACGUCUCCAGGGGAUUAACAAGAGAUUCAACUAUUGUCAACUUGAACAUGACCCCCAUCUCAGUGAAACCUGUGUUGUUCGACGUUGCAUUCAACUACAUCCAUCAGCAGGAUCAACCUCAACCUCAACAGCAAGCCACACCUGCUGUUACAAAAGCUCAAGCUGGUAAUGAGGCCAAUUCAUCUGAUAAGAAGAAAGGGUUCUUUGGCAUCUUUGGCCGUUGAAACCACAAAACAAACAACAACAAUGAAACGAUGCCACGUGGAUGAGUUGCAUGUAUAGUACGAAUGAAGAAUGCUCCUUAAUAACAACCUCUGACACCGAUUCGCUCCAUAAGUAGCCACAUCUUGUAUCACUUCUAUAAAAUCAAUGAGGACCUC